GCGAGUACACGUCCUUAAACGCGCAAUCGUGUCGACGUAAUUACGUGAACGCGUCGUACUGCAAACAUUUUGAAAAUAUAGGAAGUGGCGAACGCGUGCCAGUCCCACCCCGGCGCUAUGGUCAUCCGUAAGUCCGCUCCCCACCAUUUUCUAAGGAGACCUCCUACCCCCCGGGUCUUGUAAGGGUUGGCCGGUAUAUAAGCGAAACUACACCCCCUCUCGUUCUAAACGAUUUUGGCGAUUCGCUGUGUGAGCACGAUUUUACCCGAAAAAUUGUGACGAGCCCGCUCUCGGUCAUUCGAAGUGUUUUUCUCCGUACGUCUACGACUUGGCAGAUUCUCGAGAAUUUCGGGAAACGCGUACGAUCCGAAAUCCACGAUUACAGUGUUGUGAUACUAGUGACCGGUGCUCUGACCUUGGAUUAAUAAUUAGGUGGUGGACUGUUAGAAAAUGGAGGCGUACACCGGGCCGUUGGUGGGGAACCUGCAGGCGUUGGACUUCACCGCAGAAUCCAUCGAGUCGCCGAUUCUCGAUCUUUCGUGCAAGAAGCAAACCCCGAUGACGUCAGACGGAUCGAUCUCGUCCGGUUCGCGAUCGAAUUCGCCCGCCAGCACCGAGAAACAACAACAAAUCGGCCAUUAUUCCGAUUCCGAACGAAAGAGUCCUUUCGAAGGGCGGACGUUCAUGGUGACACCGCCGUCGGAGUCCGACUCGCCGAAGAAAACUAAAUACGAGCCGAUUUACAAUUGCUCGAACGUGACGACCAGCAACAAUAUGAUCGGUCAACCUGCUGGAUUCCCGGUUCUACCGAUGAAUCUUCCAAUUCCAGUCGUUCCUACGGUUUUACCAACGUUGUUCACGCAAAACAACGGAUCGGUUCAACCGAUUCAAAUGGUCGGCACUUCCGCUUCGUCGACCACCACCACCACGACUCCUCCUGUCAAAGACGUGGCGUUAUCCGCCGCGAAUUCGGAAUCUGGCAAAAAGGCUCCGAGGCCUUUCAAAGCGUACCCAAAAGAUCCGUUGUCGUUGACCAUGGGGGCGACUGAGAUGAUGUACGAUCCAAACUCGAACGAGGCGUACUCUGAGUUCCGGAAACGGAUGCUGGACUCUGUCAGACGAUCGAACGAGGGAACGAACAUUAAAAUGCGAAGAGUUACCAAGAGCCCUGGCUUACCGACUAGUACCGUUGAUGAGAAAGAUGCGGCCUACUGGGAGAGGAGAAGGAAGAACAACGAAGCCGCGAAACGAUCCAGGGAUGCCAGGAGGGCGAAGGAAGACGAAAUCGCUAUCAGGGCAGCGUUCUUGGAACAGGAGAACAUGAAAUUGAAGUACGAAUUGGUAGCGCUCAGGAACGAAACGGCGAAACUCAGAUGUAUGGUUUAUUCCAGUUAAGUUUUAGAGU